GAAAGCAGCUACUGUAUCCAAGUACCCGCAUGCAUGGUGCAGAACAAAUCGGUUCGUUAGGUUAAUGCAGCUGAACGGCUUCUACGCCGCACUCACCAAAUAUUGGAGCUUGCAUCUCCAUCUCUUACACUUUUUUUGCGACGAAAGCGCAAACGCGCCGAACGUGAAUGGUGUCAGGAGUCGGGGGUCAAAUGAACUUCCCAUAUAUUUCAUCGCACAAUACUUUUCUUGAAAGUGCUUUGGAACUUUAAAUUCCUUUGUACUUCUUUUCCAUCGAUUCGUUCGUUGACGUUGCGUUGCGUUGCGUUGCGCAUUUCGUCAUGUACUCGGCCGUGACAAACGGCCUUGGAGGGGGAAGUAACGAAGGUCCAUUUCAACCCACCACUAUUAAUCCUCAAGCUCUUAAUCAAGGUAACUAGACUCCUCACUAGCAAACAUUCAUGCGACUUUGGGAUUGGAUUUCUUUCAAAAAAAAUUGACUGUCGUCUCUUCUCGUCUUAACUUGUGGACUUCGGACUGACUUAAUCGUUUGAUGCGAUAGGAGCUCUCAACCCAUCUUCAGCAUCACCACCAAAAGAAAGUCCUCGAGGGAUUAAGAGGAGUCACUCACCAGAUACAUAUAGUGAAAUGCCGCAGGCGGAAAUCCAGGCAGAUGAUGGUAUGUUGUUAUCACUCUUCAUAUUUCGGGUUUCGCCUCGUUCGCACCUUUUUGUAACGAUAUGUUACAGGCGCACUUACUUUACCUUUUCAAGAAAUGUUACUGAUAUGAUGUCUUUCUUAUCCCAGGUGACUCAAAACCACGAAAGCGAGGUAGGCCUAUGAAGACGAAGGUGGCCGUCAGUACCUCAGAGCCUUCCCAACAAAGUCAAAGCCAAAUGCCGCAUUCAACCCCGAACCACACUGGCCGGCCGCAGACUCCUCAGUCGCAGCACACAAUCUUGCCUCCCAACCGUACUCCGCUUAUACAUUCAGUCCAGACUCCUAUUCCGAAGCCAACUCCUAAGCCAGUUGUCAAGGCUUUACCAACUGUGAGGGAUCACACAACAGAUCAGUUGGGUGCAGAAGGAGACGAAUAUAUUCCCAGAGAAUAUGAUGAGCAGGGCGAGAAAAAAGUCUCCGCCAACGGCCAUUUAAUGGACGGACGCGAAUAUAGGUGUCGAACUUUCUACGUACCAAAUAGGGGAGAUAAGCUAUUCAUGUUAGCAACAGAAUGUGCUAGGGUACUUGGUUAUCGAGAUUCAUAUCUCCUUUUCAACAAGAAUAGAUCUCUAUACAAGAUUAUUGCAACUCAAGCAGAGAAGGAGGAUUUGAUUCACCAGGAAAUUCUACCCUUUUCCUACCGCUCUCGGCAAAUAGCCAUUGUUACCGCAAAAUCGAUGUUCCGGCAAUUUGGAAGCAGAGUCAUUGUUAAUGGACGACGUGUCCGAGAUGAUUAUUGGGAAACAAAGGCACGUAAGCAAGGCUUCACUGAAGAUGAUCUAGCUGGAGAGAAGAGACCUGGUGCAGCGAAAGCCAGAGAUGCUGCUGCCGCUGCCGAGGCUUCCGCUGCUCUAGCUGCAAGCCACCAUCAUGGCGAUAUUUACAGCAAUGGCCCAGGACACUAUGCGUACCCGCAACAAGCCGUUCCAUCUUCCAUGAUGGGUAUAUCGGGUGCCAACAAUCCACUUCCUAUGAUAACCACCCUUGCGCCAGAACAAAACGACAUGCGCUUGAGAGACUAUAGUAGUAUUCAACGCCCCAGACAAGAACUUGCUGGGACCGCGUACCAAGAUAGGACUCAGCCAAGUUUAAACACGGAUCUCACGAAUCACGUAAAUCAAGCUGUUGAAUACAAUAAGCAGAUCAAUCAGCAACGUAGUCGUAGUCAUGAUUAUCUGGAACGAAGGUGGAGACAACCUCAUGAAGUAGCUGGGGGUAAUAUGGUGCAGCCUGUCAGUUCCCAAGACGGGCUUUCAUCUGCACAAGCAUUGCACUCGCCUAGAGCGUCACAAAGUAUUGCGCAACAAUCAACUUUGGCUCACCAAGGCCCACAGCAUAUUUCAUACUCACAGGCUUCUCAUCAACCCGGUAUUGUUUCACAACCUCCGCUUAGAGCUACUUCAUCAAGGCAGGAGCAAACGGCUGGACGAUCUCCUAGCAUGUCAAUUGCCUCUGCGGGCAAUUUGAACCAAGGAACGGCUCCUUAUCAAUUUACGUCUCAAAAUCAGAUGUGGCCAUCUAGUCAACCACAGCAGUCUCCUCAGCAACACGCGUUCAACCCUAGUUACCCGUCCCAUCCUAGCCAGCAAUCACCACACAUACAACAGUCUCCACAUCAACCUCCUCCACCGCAACUUCGACAAUCAGGUAGCAAUACUCAAAUGCAACCCGCAUUACAAUACUCUGGUAUGCAAGCGAUGGGUCAAAGUUACCAAGGAACUCCUCGAAAUGUCUAUCAACCUGAUUCAAACAAUCAACAUUUUAUGCAACCUACAACAUCCGGUCCUCAACCUGGUGCUCAGGGUUGGGCCCAACAGCAGCCUGCGGGAACUAGCGCUUCCUGGGGUUGGGCUGGCCAAUCACAAUAAAUAAGAAUGGAAACGAAUGUUGCAUGACUCGCGAGGAUGGCAUGAUGAUAUACAUAACUGCGAGAGAUCGGAACGACAUCGAAAAAGUGAUGCGCUACUCGGUAUCACUAUGGCUGGGUUACAUCCCAUUGAUCAUAAUUUGCACUUUCAUCGACACAUCUCAAAGAUUGCACAACGAUGGAAUAACGAGUUGGAAUCAUAGUAUUUAUCGGGCGAAUGCUUCUGUGCUAAAGCAUUUUUAAGCACUAGGCAUUCAGAUGGGUUUUUUUUUGUAUCACUGGCAUAUUUCCCCUUUCAACGUUACUAUUAUUGCUUUUUUGACCCUUGAUACCUCUAUAGUUUUAAUUCUUGUCCUUUGAUUCUUUACUUCUCGUUUCAUUGUAUUUUUCAUUAUCUUCCAGCUCACCACUUAAUCACUUCCAAAAUACCUUUUUUGAGAUUAAAGGUGUCUUGGCAACUUCAUCCUUAUUGUUGAUUUUACUACUUGUCAGUUCUUUGUGUUAUUUCACUUCACAUAUUCAUAUGGGGGGUUUUUUCUCUUUCCGUAGGCAUAGUCUCAGCUUUGUUCAGAUUGCAUCUGAGCAAAGCAUGCAUUGAUGGAUUGGCUUUUUGUUAUUACUUUCAAUUCUUAAGAGCACGGAAUAUUAUGGAUGGAUAGGAUAUUAUAUUUUUGCAUUGCGUGCAAGGCUUUGGCAUACUAUUGAUAGGAACUUGAUUGGGUUAUACAUGUCACGAAAGUACAUAUUUAAUGUAUGGAUGGAUUGAUGAUUGUGUGGGUGGGAAUGAGGGAUGGAGUUCGGAAUGGGAUACCUCUCUGUUUUUCUUACAUAUUAUCAUUUGAAAGGCUGUUUUUACCUUACUUUAACUUGCAUGCGUCUCCCUUAGGGUGCUUACAUUAUGUUAGUGUUGAUGAAUGACAAAUUGUGUCAUUUUUUCUGUUCCUGAGAAUUCACUAGUUUGUGUGGUGCUUGUCGAUGCAUUAUGGUGGUGGUUUUUUUCUUCGUGUGCUUACUGCUUACUGUGAUGAUUGGGAAGAGGGGUGUUGCAGAAGAUGAGGAGGAGAUGUGAAAGGAUGAAAGAAGUAAUCUUAUAUUGGGAAUCAUGAAGUGGUAUAUAUAUA